AUGGCCGACAUCCCCGGACUCGACGAAUUCGCCCAGACGCGCGGCGCCGACGACCUCUUCGACGAUGAGAUCAUCCCUGUCCCCGCGGAGGAGCAACAACCCAUCAUCGAGCCCGAGCCUCAACCUCAGCCCCAGGUUCAGGCCCAGCCGGAGCCUCAGAGCCAAGUGACAGUGAGCGAGAAGGAAACUGGCGACUGCGACCGUGAAGCAAGCUCAACACCGGCUCACAGCGACUAUGCGCCGCGAUCGCGAGGCGUAGAGCGACGAGGGAGAGGACGAGGGAGGGGUGGGCGCGGCCGAGGUGGGCGCGAGUCCAGCAGUCGUGAUACUGGACUGGGCUCUGGAUCGAGACGACCGAAUUGGGCGCUGAAUGACCCUGGCGAUGCGAGCGUUGAAAGCGAGGCCCAGCCUCCGGCUCGUGAAAGCAAGACGGAGGAGAAGACGGCUGAGGCAUCUGGGGCAGCUGAAAAGGUAGAGGAGCCUGCCGGGGCUCAAGAGGAUGCCAGCGCGCCUGAAGCGCCCCGGGUACCAGCUGUCCGUGGGGAUAGGAGUGCGACUGGGGGCGUUAAGAAGCCAAAACUCACAGAAGAAGAGCUAUCCCGACGCAUCGCCGCUGCGCGCGAGAAAUCCGCCAAGGUCGCCGCCGCGCAUGCCCGCGCAGAAGCAGACCAGGCAUCGUUCAUGGAGCGCGAAAAGGUAGCCGAGAAGAAACGGCGCGAGGAGCGCGCAAACCGCCGGGUCAUGGAUAACGAGCGAGAGCGCAAUAGGUUGCGGAAGAUGGAGGCCAUGAACGGACGGGAAUGGGACGCCGAUAAGCCGGAGGAGCAGAGCGGGCGCGGGGGGCGAGGACAGUACAGGCGGGGCAUGCACGGUGGCGUUUCUGGGUAUACCAGGCGUGGCGCUGAAGAGUAUCAGUCUCAGGCUAGUGAGGAGGCGGAGGAUGGCUCUCAAUCGCAUGGGUCUGAACACGGAUACCGCGGUCGUGGGCGUGGAAGGGGCCGUGGGGGUCGCGGACGGGGUGGUCAUCGUGGGGAGAGACCUGAUGCGCCCUUACACGAAAAGGCUGCGCCGCCUACUCCGGUCAUCAAUAACGAGGAGGAGUUUCCGUCUCUGCCUGGCGGAGAAAAGAAGCAGCCGGGGGAGACCCCGAAUCUGCUGUCGCCUAUCUCGGGUGGAGGCGGGACAUGGGCAGACCAAGUUGAAGGAGACGAGAAGUGA